CAACUCUUAUCUCUUUCUCUCCUUCUUCUUCCUAUAUAACUUCAUCCCAUCCUAUUCAAGCCAGUUAGAACUACUACACACAAAAAAACAAAAAAACCAAUAUUUUUCUUUGAAAAAAGAAAAAUUGGUUUUGAAAAGUUGACAUUAAUACAAUGAGGAAGGAAGUGGUGAUGAAAGGGAAUGGGAAUAACAACAACAAAAUGAUGAUCAAACUGAGAAAAGGGUUGUGGUCACCUGAAGAAGAUGAGAAGUUGAUGAAUUAUAUGUUGAGAAAUGGUCAAGGGUGUUGGAGUGAUAUUGCUAGAAAUGCAGGGCUUCAAAGAUGUGGGAAAAGUUGCAGGCUGAGAUGGAUUAAUUACUUGAGACCUGACCUCAAACGGGGUGCUUUUUCACCUCAAGAAGAAGAACUCAUUGUUCAUUUACACUCCAUUCUUGGAAAUAGAUGGUCACAAAUAGCGGCACGUCUACCAGGGAGGACAGACAACGAGAUCAAGAACUUUUGGAAUUCCACAAUUAAGAAGAGGCUCAAGAAUAACAACAAUAUGACUCCUACUUCAACAUCAUCACCAAACACAAGUGACUCUUUCGAACCAAGAAAUAUUAAUCAAAUCAUGGGAGGAGGAGUAGGGUUAGGGUUUAUGCCUCACCCCAUGCAGGAACAAGACGUAUUCUCCAUUUGCAUGGAUUCCACAACUACUACUACCACUUCUUCAUCAUCACCAUCAAUCCAACAAGCCGCCAUUUUCAACCAUUUCAACCCUUUUCCCACAAUUCAUCAUCAUCAUCAUGAAAACACCUACAAUAUUAUGGAUAACAUUAAUGCCACGGGUGUCGUGGCGACCGGGGGUCUAUUUGAUCUACCGGCAGCCCAAGUUGGUAUGCUUGGUGGUGGUGGUGGUUGCCGGGGAGGAGGAGGACUAGUCGGAGAUUAUGACGGCGCCGUGGAACCUUAUCCGGCGGGUUUUGAGAAUGACCUUUAUCUACCUGCAUUGGAGGGUAAGGUGCAAUUGGAAAACAAUAGUAUUAAUGUCUCAAAAGACUGUGUGGCGGUGGCUUAUAGCAACCACAACAACAACAUGAUGAAGUGUUCUCAAAGUGUGAGAGCAGAUGAAUUUGUGGAGAUUAAUGGGAAUAACCAUUGGAAUGGAGAAAGCUUGAGAAAUAUGGGAGAAUUGGAUUGGGAAGGUUUGUUGGCAAAUGUCCCUUCUAUACCUUACCUUGAUUCCCAAAUAGCAUGACCUUCCAAAAAAAAAAACCCUAAAAUUACCACUUUCAUUUCCUUCAAAUUUCUUAUAUCUUUUCUUUUUUUCCAUUUUAUACUUCAAGCUCUUAUUUUUGCCAAUGUCUUCAACUAAAAAAUAAUCCUUCCAUUUUUUUAGAAUGCACAAAAUAAUUUCCUAUUGAGGAAGCACAGGUUUAGAGGACUUUAAAUGCACAACAGGAAUGAGGCUCAAUUAUACAUUUUGCAGGGAGAAUCUAGAGUUCACUCAGGCACAACCUUUCUUUCAAGAAGUGUGAAUAGUAAAUCUUUGAGGAGAAAUAGAGAAAGAAGUUGGUGAAAUUUGUAUUUAGUUUUGGUAUUGUACAGCUGAGAAGAAAUAACAUGUAAACCAACAAAUGGAACAAAUUUUUUUUGGAGGAUCAUGAGUUAAAACAAAAAGAGCAAGAGAUGAUUUGAGCUGGAUUUUAUUUCAUGUUAAUUAGAAAGAAUAAUUACGUACAUAAUUUGAAGUUGUAGUUAGCGAGAUAUACCUUGAAAAUUUCCAAAUUAAAAUAGAAAUGGAGUUCCAAAUUCCGC